CAUAUUGUGUAGCUAAUCGGCCUCGGACAACGAGUUGGCGUUGUCCGCUCGGACUAGACGUUGUGGUCACUAGUGCUCGGCCGCUUGCAUACUAGGCGAUGAAACCUAAAGCACGACGUACCUUAUGGUGGCCACAAUCUUGAACAUCGACAUCAUCACAUCACCAUUCAAGCUGCGAAUACGUUGCAGCUUCUUCAACAAUUAGCCACCGGCAUUACUUCUCGUUCCGGUUGGACUCGUAAGCAAUGUCUUCUCCAAUCCGUAAUAUUGCCAUCAUCGGCGCGACGGGCCAGAUGGGCUCUCAGAUUGCCAAGACCUUACUUGAAUCCGGCUUCAAUGUCACUGCCAUCCAACGGUCCGACUCCACCAAGACCGUUUCCUCUGGAGUCAAGUCCAUCAAGCUUGACCUGAAUGACGUCAGUGCUCUCACUACAGCUUUCCGAGGCCAGGACGCGGUCAUCUCAGCUGCGCCAGACCCAAUCGUUCUGGAGAAUCAGAAGCCGUGGAUCGACGCUGCUGUCGCUGCCGGAGUGAAACGUAUAGUCCCUUCCGAGUACAGCACCAACGUAGACUCGCCGCUCGCCGAGGGUCUGCCCAUCGUCGUUGACAAGGUUCGCGCCAGACGCUAUCUCAUUGAGAAGAUUGCCGAGAACGGCAAUAAGUCGAGCUGGAUGAGCGUCAACAACGGGCCCUUCUUCGAGCUCGUUCUUGGCUUUGGUGGGCUUGGUCCGAACUUCCGGAGCAAGACGGCAAAGUAUCAUAAUGGCGGCGACAACUUGAUUGGGACUACAAAGAGACGAUUGCCAAGGUCUUGCGUGAUGACGGAGGACUGUACAAGGAGGCCGAGAAUAAGUCCCUGUAUAUCCACUCGGCGGCGGUCAGUGAGAAGCAGUUGACGGAGAUGGCGGAGAAGGUGACGGGUCAGAAGUUUGAGGUGCAGAACUUUGAUGUCGAGAAGGUCUAUCAGAAUGCCAAAGCCAAGUUCGCCGAGGGCGAUAGGUCAGUGUGGAUCGACUUUUACUAUCAGAUGAUGUAUGGGGAGGGUUACGGUGGAAGUAAAAGCUUCCAAGAGAUGAGUUGGAACGACAAGGUCGGGUUGAAAACGAUGAGCGGCAAGGAAAUUGAGGAUGGGCUCAAGAAGGCAGCUCAACUGGCUGGUAUGAUCUGAUCAG